UCAAGGGGCGGACCAGUGAUAAGAUCUUUACACCAGCUGCGGGUAACGCCCCCCGUGUCAACAAUGUCAGCAUCAAGAGAGGCGCAUGCUAGUCAGUCACAGCGGCUCCUCCGGUCACUCGGGACAACAUGUCCGCUCUACUUAUAAAAUGUCUCUUCUUAACCGUUUGGGUUGUGCUCCUCGACUGUGAAGUUUAUCAAGACCGACCCAAAAUCAAGACUUCAGAUGGCGAUUUAAUACUGCAGCCGGCUUUGGACAAAAAUAUAUAUCUACUCCCUAAUGGUCCCAGGUCGAAAGUAUUUAUCGGCGACACAGACUUGCUUGCCUUCAACCGGAGCAGUUCUCCUAGCAUUGUACCUUCUGGACCUGCUUCAAAUUAUGAUACAGGUAAUUAUCGAUCGGAUAUAUCUGACAUAUUACGCAGAUUAGACAACCUAGAGAACCGUGAUAGCAUAUCGACAAAUAAUCGUCAAACGAACAUGUCAAUGAUAUGGAGAAGAACAAAUAGAAUGAUCACAAGAAUUUCUAAUCUCGAAGCCCAGAUCAGUUCAUUGACGAGAGACGCGUGUCAAUCAAAUCCAUGUGCUCACGGCGGUACCUGUUUAACGUUGGUGGGAGGCUACCACUGCCUAUGUCCAUCUAAUUGGGAAGGGACCGAUUGCGAUGUGGAUGUCAACGAAUGCCGUAACUUUGCCGGCACAGACUUGGGCUGCCAGAAUGGCGCCUCUUGUAUCAAUAAACCUGGAUCGUAUGAAUGUCAAUGCAAGUUUGGAUGGUUUGGCGUCCAUUGUACUAGAAAACAGAAAGAUUGUUCUGGCGGUAACUAUGAAAUAUGCGGCCAUGGAACGUGCGUUGAAGGAAAAACCGGAACUGGUAUCACAUGUUUCUGUAAUCAAGGAUGGACGCAAAACGACACUGGCUCCGCGUGUUUAAUAGACGUCAACGAGUGCGAUCCCAGCCAAGGAAUUCAUUGCUCCGUAAACCCAAGAGUCGACUGUAUCAACACCCCGGGAUCGUUCAGGUGCGGCGCUUGUCCAACCGGCUACGACGGUGACGGCUACAUUUGCUCUGACAUUGAUGAAUGCAUGACAAUCCCAAACGGUGGCUGCAGCCCGUUAGUCACAUGUCAUAAUACUAUUGGCUCUCGUAUAUGCGGAAAUUGUCCACCCGGCUAUAUUGGAGACGGAGUUACCUGCAGCUGGAAAGGUACGUGUAGCGUCAACCGCGGCGGUUGUCAUCCCUCGGCCCAAUGCAUCGACAACCCUGGUUUCCUUGGUCAGACGAGUCCAUGUGUGUGUCCCGCCGGCAUGGCAGGCGACGGCGUGGGGCCCCACGGUUGCUACGUUUCUACUGGAGGCAAUUCUACCCAAGGCUGCGAAAGUAAUCCGUGUGUUCACGGACGUUGUCAUGUUCUACGUCAAGGGUACACUUGCAUCUGUUACGAUGGCUACGGCGGCGCCCACUGCGACGCACCUACUGACCACUGUGCAAGCAACCCCUGUUACAACGGCGGAGUGUGCAGACAGGAUUCCAGCAUGACUAACGGCUUCAGGUGCGAAUGCUUGGCGCAAUAUACCGGCGAUCUGUGCGACACUCAAGUCCGAACCUGCGGCGGCAUAUUGGACAAUGAAGAAGGUAGCCUUUACUAUCCUUUGCACAAUAGUUCAUAUACUCACGACUCCAAAUGCGCUUGGGUAAUCCGUACAGUUCCUGAAAAAGUUAUUAAUGUUACCUUUAGUAAAUUCAAUUUAGAAGACAAUCCAGAUUGUAAUUACGAUUUUUUGCAAAUACACGAUGGUCGUACCUCGGCAAGUCAACUUAUUGGGAGGUUUUGUGGGAGUACAUUUCCGAAAGGAGGUACCAUAGUCUCUAGUCAUAAUUAUUUAUAUUUUUGGUUUAUAUCUGAUAGUUCAAUUAAUAAAGACGGAUUUGCUUUGCAUUGGACUAGUAUCCCCCCGGUUUGCGGUGGCGAGAUAGAUGCGACUAAACAUGGACGUAUCAGUUCCCCGGGUUCGCCCGGCAAAUAUCCUCCUAACAGAGAUUGUUACUGGCACUUGCAAACCAAUCUUAACAAACGAAUACAAUUGCAUUUUUAUGAACUAGAUAUAGAAAAGCAUUCUAACUGUAGUUUUGAUUAUAUUGCUAUUUAUGACGGAGAACACAGCAGCGACCCACUACUUGCUAAAUAUUGUAAUUCAACCCUUCCCGCGCCCAUCCACUCGGCUGGCUCAGAUAUUCUAAUUCACUUCCAUUCUGAUGCGUACGGGGCCGGAAACGGCUUUCAAAUUUCAUAUGCUCCUACCGAGGGACACCCGGGAUGUGGCGGCAUGUACACUAUGAACAGAGGAGAAAUCGUCUCUCCGUCAUUCAAUGGCACAUAUCUACAUAAUUUAAUAUGCGACUACAAAAUUCAAACUGGCCCAGACACUAAAAUCCGUAUAACAUUUGUAUCCUUUGCGUUAGAACGCUCAUUUCAUUGUAGGUAUGACUAUCUUAAAAUUUAUGAUGGACCUUCGCCCGACUCGAGACUGUAUGGCAAAUUCUGCGGUAAUACAUAUCCAAAAACCUCAUUUAUAUCUUCAUCUAAUAGUCUUUUUAUUAAGUUUCAUACUGACUAUAACGUAGCCUCAGAAGGUUUUAAAAUAAUAUACGAAUCCGUCUGCCAACACACAAUAUUCGGAGAUAGCGGUGUUAUUAAGUCGCCAAAUUACCCUAAUAAUUACCCAGCAAAUAGAGUAUGCGAGUAUGUCAUCCGUACCAUUCCAGGUAAAGCGAUUAUACUAACUUUCCAAGAUUUUGAUCUCGAGGAAAUUGGAGAUAAUAACUGCCGCUACGACAAUGUUGAAAUACGUGACGGCCCUGAUGCAAACGCAACUUCGAUGGGCAGAUACUGCGGAGGCUCAGAGCACAUGCCACCCACAUUGAUAUCUACUCAUAAUUUCAUGUACAUUAAGUUCACUUCUGACAUGAGCCUCUCUGGCACUGGUUUCUACGCAAAUUACACAACAAUCGACACAAAAUGUGGAGGUAUUUACAGAGAUAAUACUGGACUUAUAAAUCAUCCAAAAUCAAUUAAAGAGAACUACGAAAAUGACCAAACCUGUACUUGGAUUUUAACAGCUCCUGAAGGAUUUCUUGUAAAACUAACAUGGAAUAGAUUUGACUUGGAAGACAUGGAUGACUGUGAAAGUGAUUAUCUAGAAAUAAUUGAGUUCGAUGAUACCAAUCAGAAUGAUGAUCCGCAGAAGUACUGCGGUACCACUCUGCCGCCGGCCCUGACUUCUACUACUAACCGUUUAAUGCUGAGGUUCCAUUCAGAUGUCAGUAUACGAAAAACUGGUUUUUCCGUGCUGUAUUCCUUCUUAGAUGCGAAACUACAUUGUGGUGGAAAUUAUAUCAAAACUCACGGCUACAUAUAUUCGCCAGGAUGGCCCAACCUAUAUGAACGAAAUCGUGAUUGUACUUGGACGAUUACAGUACCUGUUGGUCAACAAAUUAUUGUAAAUAUAUCUCAGUUUGAUCUAGAAAUACCGUUACGAGGAUCUUGUGACAGCGGUGACUUUUUAGAAAUCAAAAACGGUGCGUCAGAAAACUCUCCACCAGCUGGAAAGUUCUGCGGAAGUUUCCAAUCCAAGACUAUAAAAUCUCUUGGUAACACCAUUUCUCUUCAUUUUCAUUCUGACGGUUAUUUACAAGGCAGAGGAUUCAAAAUUGAAUGGGACGGUACAAUCACAGGUUGUGGUGGCACGCUUACGAGUUCGUCUGGGUCGAUAUCUUCGCCGAACUAUCCACAGACCUAUAACGAUAACGCAGAAUGCUUCUACAAAGUUGUAACUAAUCCUGGGUCACGGAUUCAAAUUUCCUUCAUCGAUCUAGAUCUAGAACGGACACCGGAUUGUAGGGACGAUUACGUUGAAAUAUUCGAUGGUCUUACGGUAAACGACCCCACUUUAGGUCGGUACUGCGAAAUGUCACCUUCUGUAAAUAAAAUAGUAACGUCUUCGAACUACGCCUACAUUAAAUUUAGGUCAGAUAUAUACAUUGGUAGCAAAGGAUUUUAUCUUAACUACAAUACUAUUUGUAACAACAAUAUAACUGGCAGUUACGGUGUUUUGGAAAGUCCUGAUUUCCCGGGCAAGUAUAAGGGUAACUUAAACUGCUUGUGGACUAUUACCGUUCCAAAAGGACACAAAAUUAACGUGACUUAUACGCAUUUUGACAUCUACAAGUCAUCAUUCAUCAGGAGGUUUCCGGUAUACGGUAGCGUUACAGCGACAAGAGGUUAUCCGUCCUGGGGUUGGCCUCAACAUGAAACCAUGCGUAUAUCAGAUGACUGCAGUCAAGAUUACUUACAAACCAGACAAUUACCUGAUAGUGAUUUUUCUCAAAAGCUUUGUGGAUCCACAAUCCCGGCUGCAUUCACAACUAAGAGUAACGUUUUGCAAAUUAAAUUAGUAACAACCGGUUUUAUGCCAGCCACCGGCUUUCGAUUGGAGUGGGUGAGACAAGGCUGCGGAGGGAUUUUACAAAAAUCGUAUGGGACAUUGUCAUCCGAUAUAAAUGAAAUGUCCGAUGAAGAGAUGGAAUGCGAAUGGUUAUUACAAGCACCCCUUGGCAGAACGAUCACUAUGACAUUUACGGAUAUAUAUUUAACGGAAACCAAUAAUUGUACGACUGAUGCCAUUGAAAUUUAUAGUGGACCAACUUUGAGCUACCCACUGAUUACAAAGUUGUGCCGCCGUCAGUCUUCUUCAAUCCAAUCAAACAGCAAUAGUUUGCUGGUACGUUACGUCAAAAAAUCGAAUCUUAGGGGAGCUUAUUUCAAAUCUCUAUACAGCAGCUAUCAAACUGGUUGCGGAGGUAGACUUAAUUCGCCGACAGGAAUGUUUAUGUCCAAAAAUUAUCCCCAAAAUUAUGACACCGACACAGACUGUACUUGGCAGAUCUCUGUUCCUAAAUACCAUCGUAUUGAAAUAAAUUUUCUGGACAUUGACCUAUACUCGUCAUUUGACAAUGACAAUGAUGACGACUGCCAUGAUUUUAUCAAGAUUUAUGAAGGCUCAAAUAUAUAUAUUAGUAACAAAAAUUAUUCUAAGCUAAUAUGCCCUAGGUCUGGAGUUACUAAAUAUAUAUCAAACUCUAAUAGAGUAGCUGUACAGUUCGUGUCCAACAGUUACGGAACAUCUAAAGGUUUCAAGGCUAACUUUUCUAUGACUUGCGGAGCGUUAAUCACUGCUCAGUCUGACGGUAUUAUCACUAGUGAUAAAUACUUAAACCACUCAAACCGAAGUUGUACAUGGACUUUAGUAGCGCCAAAACCUGAUCAGAAAAUUACACUUACCAUAACUCACAUUUCAAUUCCUAAAAAUGUUGAUAUCGUUAGUAAUAGAAACUGCCCUUCUUCCUACCUUCGAGUUCUGGAAGGAAAUGAUGACUACGGACCUGUCAUUGGUGAAUAUUGCGGUAAUAAAGUACCUCAAAUGAUAGUGAGUCAAGGAAGUGCACUCACCGUUGAACUAGGCACUUAUACCAAUAAUAUCACUGGUCAGUUUUCUGCUCACUACACUAGUCUAAGUAAUGCUUGUGGAGGAUCCUAUACUUCGGAACAGGGCACAAUAGCUUCACCUAACUAUCCCCUAGCAUACCCAGGUAGUGCGGACUGCGAAUGGAUCCUAAGAACAUCACCGGGUAACAAGGUGUACGUUAUGUUUGAAAAAUUCGAUUUGGCAUUUUCUGAAGGUUGUAAUGAAGACUAUCUCGAAUUACGAGAAAAUAACGGAGCCGGGCAAUUGAUAGGAGUAUAUUGUGGAAACGUUAUACCAACAAAUACGACUUCAGCAACAAAAAUAUAUAUGAAAUUCCACAGUGACAGUCAGAAUGCUGGAAAUGGGUUUCUAGUGCAUUACGGUUUUCUACAUGGAAAUGAAAUCACCGGUUUAGAGAGUGGUGAGAUAUCUUCUCCGUUGUAUCCUGCUUCAUAUGAAGGAACAGGUGAAUACGCUUGGAGAAUUAUGUCGACAGGUGAAUCUUUAUCUCUGAUCGUGGAUCGUCUUGAAAUACAUACAUAUGGAACACGCUGCUCAAAUCAUUUGACAAUAUACGACGGAUUUGAUGAUAGUGCUCCGGUUCUGCAAGAGCUUUGCGGUAUACAGAUCGGAAUACAGGAAGUUCGAACAUCCAGAAAUGUUGUAUUUAUUAAACUUAAAUUAGACAACUCUAACACUGGAUCUAUAUUUCACAUCCGAUGGGCUGAAAGCUCUAGUGAGACCGAACCUCCAGAAUCCAUAAACUGUGGUAGUCCAAAUAUAACUGAACUAAUACGACCAGGGAAAACAGUCACCGUGACGUCUCCAGGUUACCCUGAGCCGUACGCUGAUGAGUUAAUGUGUGAGUGGGUAUAUAAAUCUCUACCCGGCCAACACAUAGCUUUGGAGUUCCUUGACUUUCAGCUUGAAGAAAGGCCAAAUUGUUUUGCUGACUACGUUUCCAUAAUGGGCUCAGAUACCGGGAUGCAAUGGAAACCCAUAAAAGAAUUUCUAUGCACAAAUGAAGCAGCCCGGAACAUCAACAUUGACACUUCUUUUAUGAAACUGAUUUUCAAAAGUGAUUACUCGAUGACUGAAAAGGGUUUCCAAGCUCACGUCUCUUCAAAAUGCGGUGGUCAUAUAUCAGAACCCUCAGGUGAAAUCGGAGUCACUUGGCAAGAAUUAUCACAAGGAUACCUACCUAACAUAAAAUGCCAGUGGAGAAUUAAAGUUCGCCCAGGCCGAGUAAUAAAAUUCAAGUUUGAGCAGUUUAACAUUACUAAUAGAGACAACGACUGUUAUAAAUACGUUACAGUUCGUAAUGGCGAUUCUGAGGAAGCCCCUCUUUUAGGAAGUGGUAAAUACUGCGGAUACCCUCAUGAAAAGCGUGAAGAAUUCGAGACGUCAAGUAACGCUCUCUUUGUAACUUUCAAUAGCAUGCGAAACCAAGGUCAAGUGCAAACUUUUCGAUUACACUAUGAAGAGAAAAACAUAGAAUGCGGAGUGACUUCCACAUUAGAUGCCGAUCAUAGCUGGGAGGUCUUCAGUACUCCAAACUAUCCCUCCAUUCCUCUACCAUAUUCUGAAUGUGUUUGGGUUUUUAGCGGUCCUGUGGGAGAAAUAUUAAGAGUAGAUUUUUCUGACUUUGAUUUAAAAUACGACACUGAUUGCAGAAAAGAAGCCCUUGAGGUUAGAAAUGGUGUAUCGAGUAUAGCUCCACUUAUAGGACGAUAUUGUUAUGACAAACCUGGAUCCAUCAAGUCUAUUAGCAACAGCCUAUAUAUCAGAUACAUCACUCAAAGUGAUAUCCCGAACCGUGGUCUGAAAGCUAACGUAUCGAUCGAUGUUUGCGGUGGAACGAUAGUUGCUAAUUCAGGAGAAGUGUCGUCGCCCGGAUUUCCUCACUUAACCCCGCUUAGCGAGGGCACAAUAUGUGAAUGGCGUAUAACAGGAUAUCCAGGCUAUGUUUUCCAGCUGAAACCACAGACUAUAGAUUUACCCGAAUCCGUAGUUUUAUGCGCUACUAAAGUCACUAUUACAGACGGCAUUGGAAACCAAUAUAAUACAAAUGUAAGAAUAUCGGACAACACAACACUAAAAACAUUUUGCAAUGAGGACACAGAAGAUUUUUACGCACCUAUCGAAACAUCUUCUAACGAGGUUAUCAUUAAAUACUAUGUUGGUAAAAGAUCUUAUUAUGCCAAUCCAGAUUCAAAAGGAUUUCGGUUCACAUUCAAUUCGUCCAGACCCAUGUGUGGAGGACCCAUUACAACACCAGAAGGCUACAUAAUGACUCCUGGAUAUCCUAGAAAAACCACAAUGCACUACUGUUAUUGGGUCAUCACUGUUCCUGAUACAUCCAGGAGAGUACGUUUAGAGAUCGAGGAUUACAACUUAGGUACGGAUACUUAUCGAAUAGCAAUUUACAAUGACAACCGUUUCCAAACUUUAGUCCAAAGCAUUACGAACAAAGAUUUGAAUCCGUCGAAAAUAUUCGAAUCAUCUGGAAAUAAACUUGCUAUUUAUAUAAUAAUGUCCCCAUUAUCUUCGGAACAUAACAGGUUCAAAGCAAAGUUCAGCUCAAAUGAACCGACAUUAUGUGGCGGUACUUUAACGGGCGACACCGGCGAAUUAGCUUCACCACUUUUGAACAGAUCCUACUCUUGCGAUUGGAGCUAUCGCAGAUAUAUUACUGCAGAUAUAGAUCAAUAUGAUGACAGUGACAAUAUUGACAAUGUUAAAUACAGCACAUUAUUAAUCAAUGCUAAAGUCAAUUCAUCUUUUGCUAGAACUCGAUGCCUCUAUAGUGACCCAAAACUAAGUAUUAACGCCGUAAUGGCUGAUAAAAAUGUCAUAUUCAAAAGAGAACUCUGCGGUAAUAAUGACUUACAAUUUCGUAUACCUUCAGAUAGUAUCGACUUAAAGGCAACUCAAAAUAAAGGAACGUUUCUUAACUUUCAUCUAGAUUGGAAAUUACAACCUUGUGGUGGUGUAGUAACAGUAGGAGAGGAGUCUGUUAAUGUUCUAGACGUGCCAAAUAAUUAUAAUGAUUCACUAGAUUGUGCCUGGAUACUUAGAGGGUCUUCAGGAAAUAGGAUUAAAAUCAAACUUGAAGGUUCAUUUAAAUUAAGUUGUUCUGAUGAGUUUAUUCAAAUUAGUCAAGGCUUAGAAACUUAUCAACCCAUUAUUGGAGAUUACUGUAAAGACAAAAUUCAAACUACUGAUUUAGUUUUAUCAUUUAGAGAAAUUUAUAUUCAAUACCAUUCAAAUAUUCAAAACAAAACUUCCAUUAAAGUUAUGGCAGAAAUUGUUAACCACCAAUGUGGAGGAUACCUUAACAGGUAUGAUAGAAUGUUUACAUCCCCCAAUUAUCCCAAGAAUUACAUUGAAAAUCAAGAAUGCGCAUGGGAAAUAGAAGCUGACGUAGGCAAUAGAGUAUCUUUGCAUUUUAUAGAUCGCUUCGUUAUAGAAGACACACCGAACUGCACAAAAGAUAUGGUUAUUAUUUACGACUGGGACGAUAAUUCCUACACAGAAAUAGCUCGUGUCUGUGGCCGCAAUUUGCCACCCGUUUACAACUCUACUAACAACAGGAUGAAAGUAGUUCUACGGACAGACAGUAACACUAAUCUAGACGGAUUCAAAGCUCUAUGGACCCCAAUCUGUGGAGGUAAAUACAAAGCCAAAGAAAAACAACAAAUAUUGUACAGCCCUGGGUUCCCUGAUAACUAUAUGCCAUCAUUAGAUUGCAGCUAUGAAAUUUCAGCUCCGGGACAGAAAAUCGCAUUAAAAUUCCUAGAGUUUGAGCUUGAAGGGACCUAUCCGGAAUGUUCUUAUGAUAACGUUUCUAUUUCUGCUGAUAACAUGUAUUAUUAUUCUGAUAAUACAUACUGCGGAACGGAAACGCCGACAUCUAAUCGUUACGGAGACAAAAUAUCAAUUCGAUUUAGAACUGACAGAUUCAUCCAGAGAAAAGGUUUUAAACUAUCGUAUUCGAUUUUUUCUUGUGGUGGCAAUGUAACUGAACCUACUGUCAUAUCAUCUGGUGAAGGUGAGAAUUAUGACAGAAACUUGAACUGCACGUGGUUUAUCGAGGCUCCUUCCAAUAAAAUCGUCAUUGUAAAAUUCACCACCAUAGAGAUUGAAGGGCGUUCGUGCUCUUACGAUUACAUAGAAUUAUUUAAUGGACACUUACUUGACUAUAACAAUCGUAUAAUUAAGACUUGCGGUUUCCUACAAAAUGAAAACACCGUUUUUAGGGGCACUGGUAGUAAAAUGCUCUUACACUUCGUAACGGACGGAAGUGUCAACUAUGAGGGAUUUAAAGCUGGUAUUUUUUUCAGCUACGGAGAAUCUGUUGGUUGCGGUGGAUAUAUCAAUUUGACAGAAACGUCAUUAUCUGAAACGUUUUCAUCUCCACUCAUAAAUAGUAGUAGUGUUUACGAAAACUUCUUGGAUUGUCACUGGUCCGUAACAGCACCAGAUGACCGAGUUAUCAAACUAGAAUUCAUCAAUUUUCAUGUUGCCCCUUGCCAGAAUGUCAACCAAACAGCUUUGGGAUAUAGUAAGUGCGAUUGUGACUUUGUUGAAAUCAGGGAUGGGUUAAAUCCAGAUAGUACGCAAAUUGGUGUUUAUUGCGGUCAUACAACACCAGCUGAAGCAAUUUCGUCCGGAAACCAAAUGAGCUUUAGGCUCUCGACGGAUGGUGAAAUUAACAGUUCGGGGUUCAAGGUUCGUUUAACUGCCAUUCCUAAUGUUUGCGGUCAGUCUACUUUCUCCGUAUCUACGCAAAAGCUGGUUAUACGCUCUCCAGGUUACCAAACGGGCUCCAUUCCCCGAGGAUUAAAUUGUGUUUAUGAAUUUAUGCCGUUGUCUGAAUAUUCUUACAGAGCAAUUCAUGUAAAGAUUAAUCAACUAGACCUUCAACCUAGCGACCCUGACAGAAAACAGUGUACAGCAGAUAAACUUACUAUAUCUGGCCAGAAUUCCCCAAGAAACCUUAGUCUGGGCUCAGAUUACAUUCAAGAACAUGGAAAUAGAGACGUAUUUGAUACACCUUACUACUUUGAGGAAGCAUUAACGUUACCAAAAGAACUACAACUGUGCGGUACUCACAAUUCAGGGGAUUAUUAUUUAUAUGGCACUACUGUUAUAAAUGUACAUACUUCUCCUGAUUUCGAUUCUAAACAACAUAGAGGGUUCGAAAUAGAAGUAUCGCAUGUUGAAUUUUGUGGUAGAAACUACACUGAAUCACAAGGCCGCAUUAGAGCAUCACGACGAGAUACCGAAGAAACUGAAAAAGAUUGUUACACGCUAAUUACAGCUCCUGAGAAUUAUACUGUAUCUGCUUAUUUCAUUACUGUUAAUCCCGAUUACUGGAAUGAAAACGUAUACUUGGAAAUAUUCGAUGGUGAUAAGACGACCUCAAAAAGUUUAGUCAAAGUGUCCGGGGACUACGACUCCGAAUUAGCAGUAUUUUCAACUGGAAGGUACCUUCUCUUGCAUAAUCACCAGGUAGACGGUGAUCGCGUUGGCUACGAUUUAAAUUAUAUUAUAACAAACAAAGGACAAGGUUGCGGCGGAAAAAUGCAAAACGAGUACGGACUAGUGACAAGUCCCCUGUAUCCAAAUGCCUACCGUCAGAAGAACAACUGUGAGUGGGAAUUGGAAACACUUAUCGGUACUAAACUGAGAUUACAUUUCUCAAUAUUCGACAUGGGGGCUGCGUGUAACGAAAACUAUGUGAAACUGGUUAAACGAAACGGAGACAUAAUAUCUACGUAUUGCGAUGAGACUCCAGCGGAUUAUACCAGCGAUGAUAAUUAUGUGAAAAUUGUAUUUGUAACGAAUAUGAACAACGGUGGCACAGGCUGGCUCGCCCACUUCAUAGGUAUCGUGUAGACGAAGGCAUAGGGAAUGCAACUGCAACAAUAAGAUAACGGAUAUAUA